AUCAGUCGAAUGUGAACGGAUUCAGAGUUCCGAAUUUCUUUUUAGGAUGGAAGAAAUGGAUGGAAACAUAGAGUCAGGAAGCCCUACGAUUGAUACAGAAGAUGAAGAUCAGGUUUUCGAAUCCAAAUGUGAUGAGUACGAAUCUGAAGAUGAGGUCGAAAAUGAGCGCUCAACUUCCAUGGAAGAAGUACAGCAGCAAAACAAAGCUGAUACUGCUCUGUUAAAUUCUUUCUCGCGAUCAAGGAAUAAUGAUGGCACCACAGAAGAUAAAGGCGAUGGAAGUAUGUCAAGGACUCACUCAGUUCCAGAUGAAGGGGGUCUAAACUGCAAGCCUGAUGGUGUUAUCUCUCCAAGAUUACAAGCACAGAGCAGCAAGAUGGCAGACAGGAAAGAUUCAAAUAAGACUGAGAAAAAGCUUUCAGACAAGUCUCCAGCCAUGGCCAGAAAGCAGGCUAAAGAGUCUUUGAAGGUAAUAUCGUUGAUCAUGGUUAUUCUUGCUCAUCAGAUUCGUGGAACACUAAAAGGCUGGGCUAAGUACUGGUGUGUCGUCAGGCCAGGGAUGUUCAUAAUCUAUAAAAGUGCAAAGGGCCAGUGGAUUGGCACCGUAUUACUUAACACCUGCGAAUUAAUYGAAAGGCCAUCCAAGAAAGAUGGAUUUUGCUUUAAACUUUACAAUCCUUUUGAACACUACAUCUGGGCAACUAAAGGCCCCAAGGGGGAGCUAGCUGGGGCUAUUGUACAACCAUUGCCAAAGGAUCAUCUAAUAAUGAGGGCAUUGACUGAAUCAGAUGGGAGGUGUUGGAUGGAUGCAUUAGAAGUAGGACAACGUCAAGGAUACAACCUACUGAGAGACACCAAGGGAAUGAAUAGUGAAUUUUAUGGUAAAGAUGAGGAGAACAGAGAAGAAAGAGAGCAAGAACCUACUGUACCAGAUGCUGAUGAUGGUGAAGAUAGCAACGAUGGGUUGGAGAAGUCAGAUUCUGAAAACGAACAAGAAGGAAUAGUCGAACUAAAUAAACACGAACCAGAAGAAGAAGAGCCAUUUGAAGAAACAAGCUAUGUAGAAGAGAAGGGAGAAGAAUAUCUAGGACAGGAAGGUGAAGCCGUCGAGGAAAUAGAAGAUGACAAUAAGAGCAUUAUAUGGGCCUUGCUUAAACAGCUACCAACGUUUAUCCUGGAACCUCGGUCCUUCCUGGACAAGUUGUCUGAUUUCUACUACCAUUCUUAUAUCUUGAAAAAAGCUGCCAGUGAAGACCAUGCAUACAGCAGAAUGAAAGAGGUGGUCAGGUGGUAUCUGUCAGGAUUCUACAAGAAACCAAAGGUGAGAUGGGAUCCCUGUGGAAAAUGGAUGGAAAAACACUGUAAUUCAACCUCAGCUAUCUUGGAUGGCAAUGCAUCACUGACAUUGCUCAAGUAUGGAGAGGAGUACCUCAUGGACAUGCCCUAUGCACACUGCAAAGGUAUAUUGAUUGGCACUCUGACUUUUGAGCUGGGUGGAGUAGUGACCAUCAACUGUGAGAAGACUGGUUAUAAAGCUGAAAUAGAGUUCAAACUCAAGCCAUUCUGGAAAAAGAGUGGCGAGUCUAACUACAUAUCUGGUAAAAUCAAGAUGGGUAAAGAAACCCUGUGCAAGAUUGAAGGCAAAUGGGAUGGUGAGAUCGUUAUCGAGGACCUGAAUAUACGUCCAUGGGACCCCAUGACAGACCUACUGGAAUACGAAAACAAUGGAAUCAUCAAGACCCAGUACCGCCUCAAGGCGCCUAUGGUACGCACCACCAGUGUAUUGAGCGUACACCUGCCUGGCAAGAAACCAUCCAAGAGAAAACGACCCUCUUCUGGACGUUCAAGGCUUGGUGUUGCUAAGGGAUCGAGAAGGAGCUCCGCUGACCGGUCAGGUGGAUCUACGCCCGACCUCGAAGGGAACACCAGUAGUAUUGAAGAUGAGUACGAUGAUGUUAGUGUUAAGGAGGGAGUAGACUUAGCAACGCUAGAAAAGGCKAUCCAACCGCUGAGGGAUUCGCAGAAUGAGUGUGUGAAGCAGAUGCGCGCAAUCCGCAUGGAUCUUAGAAAGCACUAUACCUCCCAUCAAGACGAGAUAGCGUCGCUACAAUUCAAGGAUUGGAUAGUAAUUUUCCUACUCGUAGUCUUCCAGGGGGUAUAUCAGUGGUAUAUGAGGUAACCAUAGUUACCGUUGCCCCUGGUAACAAUGAAACAAAUAGGAAAAAUGAGGAUACCAGAAUUUGAAGAAAUUGGUGAAUUGAUAUGAGACGCUAUCCCUUAAUCAUGUCAUGGGCAGUUGCUAUAACAACAGUUGUCUUGGUAACACUGAUUCAGCAUUUGAAAUGAUUGAAUUUAUAAGAAAGAAAAAAAAGAAUAUAUAUAAAAUAAUUUUUAUUCUUAAA